AUGGUGGAGAGGAGCCAGUUGGUUCUUCAAGAGUCCGCCUCCCAACUUCCUCCCGAGACUCCGAUCGAGUCUGUGGAUCCUCCGCAUGAUGCUGGAUUUCAGAUUUUGACGCAGACGUUGGAUCAGACUCUCGGGAGGAGGCCGGGAACGUAUUGUAGGGGGAUGGGGAAUGCCCGACAGAGGGAACCUCGACCGCGGUCAUCGUCGCAGGCAAACAGUCAGGUGACUGUUUUGACAUCGCGGGUUGCCGAGCUUGAGGGUCAGAUGUCGGUGAUUCUGCAGUCGCUCGCGCGGUCCGGGAUUCCAAUCCCGAAUUUUGGUGCGUCGACCUCCGAGCCCGUCCAGCCCGAGCAUCCCCAGCACACCACGGCCCCUGCAGACGCCCAUACCUCCGAGCCGCAUACCUCCGAGCCGCAUGUGGCAGAUGACCAAUUAGAUUUCGGAACAUUAUUUGAUUAG